AUGCAGCUUAAGCAUUAUUUGGUCGGCUUGGUCAGAUACUUCGGUUUCACGUCCUUUGUUGCAUUUGACCCGGUGGACCAGGCGCCUUUAAUAGAAGGAGAUAUCAUCGCUCCGGAAAAAAGCCUUCCGCCACCCAUUUUUGUUCCGCCCGGUACCGGUGAUAAGUCAGAUAAUCGCAUAAAAUGUGAUUAUAAGCUGGAUGGUUGGUGGCAUCCGGACUCACCAGAUCAAAGAGAUGUCUGGCUUCGAAAUAACAAAACCAGGCGCGAGUACAAUAUCCAUACCAACUAUGAGACGACCUGGCCACAGGGACGUCGACGCGAUUACUAUAUCGUCGUCAAUAAUGACACUACUGCGAAUUGGGAUGGAAUCCCCUUUCCUGGAGCAAAGAUGUUCAAUGGAACCUUUCCUGGACCCUGGAUUCAGGCAUGCUGGGGUGAUUCAGUUCACAUCACUGUCAGGAACAAUCUCACCUACAAUGGAACGGCCAUUCAUAUGCAUGGAUUGCGUAUGCUCAAUAACAGUCUGAUGGAUGGCGUACCCGGAGUUAGUCAGUGCCCAAUUGCACCGGGAGAAAGCUUUACAUACAAGUUCACAGCUACACAAUAUGGUACCACCUGGUACCACAGCCACUACUCGCUUCAAUAUAGUGAUGGUAUCUAUGGGCCUCUGACCAUUCAUGGACCCACGUCGGCCAACUGGGAAGAUUCUAUUGACCCAAUUCUCUUGGGAGACCACAAUCAUAGAAGUGCCUUUCAAGACUACUAUCAGGAGCAAUUUUCUGGUAAAAACAGAUCGCCUCCAAAGAUGUCAAGUAUCCUAAUCAAUGGACGCGGGAGCUAUGCUGGUAUAUUGCCUGAGAGAUACAACAAAACAGUUGAAGCUCGUAAACGCUACUUAUUGAGACUGAUAAACACGUCCACCGAUACGACCUAUGUGUUUGCCAUCGAUAACCACAACUUCACUGUUGUCGAGUCGGACUUGGUUCCUCUUCGGCCUUAUGUAACGGAUCAUUUGGCCAUCGGGAUUGGACAACGGUAUCACGUUGUGCUAAAUACAUGGCCCGAGGAACAGCGAAACGGGACCGAUGAAUUCUGGAUGCGGACUGUGCCAGCUGAUCAUUGUAACAGCUUCAAUGAUCAACUUGAUGUAAGGCAGGGCAUCCUGUACUACAAGGAUGCUAAGAAAAAAUGGCCAACGACAAAUGAGGGUAAAUAUAACUAUACUUGUCGCGAUGAGCCCCAUGCAAAACUGCGGCCCGUUGUUCCGUGGAAAGUUCCUCGUCUUAAUACGGACGAAAAGGAACACCUCAGCUUACCUAACUCAACUAUCAUGCUUGCAAACUGGUCUCUUCCUGCCGAGUCAUCUCACGUACCAUCAGGCCCCAACGUGAACAGCUGGCACAUGAUGGAGCACACUCUUUGGGUGAACUAUUCUCAUCCAACAGUGAGCAACCUUGAUGGCGUAUUUGGAGACAAUUCCGCCGUAUAUCCUAUUGAUCAUAACACCGCUCACGAAAAGUGGAACUAUAUGGUUAUUAUCGGAGGUGAUAUUGAAAAUGUGGGCCCCCCAAAGGGAGGUAAAUUGAUACCCGCUGCUCAUCCAAUUCAUUUCCACGGUCAUGAUUUUGCAUUACUGCAACAGUCGGAAUAUCCUUACAAUGGGUCAAAAUCAUUAAAUUUGACAUACGAGAAUCCACCCCGCCGCGACGUAGUUCUUCUGCCGAAGAAUGGAUUUGUGGCCAUCGCAUUUAGAGCUGACAAUCCAGGUGCUUGGGCAGUCCAUUGCCAUAUUGCUUGGCAUGCGUCUGCUGGCCUAGCGUUCCAGAUUUUAGAAAGCAAAAAUGAAUUUAAGGAGCUGUUGAGCAAACAACAGUCGGACAAAAGACAACUCGACAAAACAUGCAGGCUUUGGAAAGAAUGGCAUUCUGACCCAGAAAAUUUCUGGCAUUCCAAAGGUCGUUUCCAGGACGAUUCCGGUGUAUAG